ACAAACGCGGCUUCGCAAGCAAAAUUAUGUUUAUUUCCUAAAGUCUCGUUUAUGUUCCCCCUUUGUAUCAUACAGGGAUUAAUGAAAAAUCAAAACAUUUAGCAUAUAGUUGCGUUAAAUUACAUCCCUUCAUCGGUUCGGGUCGUGAUCAUUUCGGAAUCAGUGCGAACAGUGCGAAGAGCCAGUACUUUUACGCGCGCUAUUUUGCCGGACCAGUGGCUCUAUCGUCAGCCAAUCCGCUUGGUGUGCCGGUGUCGAUGCAGCGGAAAUUGCGAAAGAAAUGCAAACCACGAGCUGCGAACCAUCGGAAGCAGCAACCACAGGCGUGGAGGACGAAGUAAAUGCUAAGUAUCGGCAAAAGUACCGUCGAUUAAAACGAUACAUGACCGAUAUGGUGUUUGAAAAUGCUGCAUUAAGCGAUCACAUAACACAGGUGCAGGAGAAAACCAGUCAGGUUUGUGAGGAGCGUCGGUUUUUGUUGAAAAAGUUGCUGGAUUAUGAAAACGAGCUCGAAACGCAACUGGGACGACCUUGCAGCAAGUUGAACGAAUUGAUUGCGAACAGUUUACCACCGAAGCGACAGUACAAGAAGCGGGAUAAAAAUGCGACCGUUAAUGGAACGCCCAACGCAGGCACUUCCGGUGAAGGUGGACCGGACACACAAGAUACUCAGGGAACUGCGCCGGAUGGUGUGGUGCAAAAUGGAAAGGACGGAGAAGGUAAUGAUAAAUCCAGUUCCGCUGAACUAAAUGGUGCGAAAAAUGGGCACCGAGUAGGGAAAAAGCGGGGACCAUCGGCCAAAGGUGAUGGUGCGGCAGAUGGUAAACCGAGAAAAAAGCCACGACUUGGUGCUGGUACGGGAAAGAAGCGCAUGUCUAACAUUACGGUGGACCAAUCGGGACAUCCAACGUACCCGAUCACGGUCGGAGGCUUCAUAGUGCAGAGUAUGGGCGAAAUCGUCCCAGAUCGAGCGGCUUAUCAUACGGAAUGUACGAUUUAUCCAAUCGGGUAUACAAUCACGCGACCUUAUGGCCACUAUAAGGAUCCGGAAAAACGGUGCAACUAUACCUGCCGCAUACUGGACGAUGGCGAAAGACCUCGGUUUGAAAUCGUGCCCGAAUGCACGGAUCCCACCGGCGGGUCGUCCGAAUCCGAUGACACGAAAGUCACGUGCGUCGCAGAGGACACGAUCAGUGGCCCAACGACGGACGUGUGUCAUGCGGAACUACUGCAGAGGAUCAAUACGGCGCUUAACAUACGCUCUAUCGAUUCCCGUCCGUUGGGUGAUUGGUUCUUCGGUUUAUCACAUCCGACCAUUUCGAGCCUAAUACAGAGCUUUCCGGCCGCGAAGGGUUGCACUAAUUACCGGGGCACUAAGAAGGAUAGCUUGGCUGAUAUGGAUAAAGAGAACGAUGAUCCGGCAAUUAGCUACGAUGCGCUGUUACGCCACAUAACGAUUUCGACGUAUCGUACCGUGCCGGAAAUUAAGGAAGAACCGCCGGACGAACUGUUUGACCAUUCGGAUGGCAAUUCGUUUAGUUUGUCGGUGUAGGCUAGGUGUGUGUCUGUUCAUGUGUACAUAGACCGAAUCGUAGUUUGAGAAUGGAACUGGGAUGUUGUGAAUGAUGGGUGUAAUAAUAAUCGGUACCUCCUUUCGCAGGGACUUUCGAUAAGAAUGCUCAUUUCCCGGGCGUAUUUUAAAUGUUCACACAUACAAAGGAAGACAAAAAUCACGGACGGAACAAUCCCUUCCUUCCACUUCAAUAUACCAAGGAAUAAAGCGGGGUCAUUAAUGCGAAACUUUCUUUUGUAAAACUAUUUCGUUGUGA